AUGUAUAUUUGCAUAUCCCUCUUUCCUUAAACAAACACACGAACAAAGAAAAAGACGAUGGAUAAUCUGGCGCUAUGUGAUGCAAACAACUUUCCUCUAACGCCCAUAACAUUCUUGAAGAGAGCUGCGGAAUGUUAUCCAAAUCGAACUUCCAUAAUCUACGGACAGACUCGCUUCACUUGGCCUCAGACCUAUGACCGUUGCUGUCGUCUGACCGCCUCUCUCCUCUCUCUUAACAUCCGGAAGAACGAUGUAGUAUCCGUCCUGGCCCCAAACAUACCAGCCAUGUAUGAGAUGCACUUCGCCGUUCCCAUGGCUGGAGCUGUCCUUAAUCCUCUCAACACCCGUCUCGAUGCAAAAUCCAUAACCACAAUCCUCCGCCACGCCCAGCCUAAGAUCUUUUGCAUAGACCGUAGUUUUGAAACCUUAUCUCGAGAAAUCCUCCAUUUGCUAUCAUUUGACGACUCAAAACUUAAUAUGCUGGUCAUAUUUAUUGAUGAAACGGAUUUCCCUAAAACUAUUUCAUCCAAUGAGCUAAACUACGAGUCUCUCAUCCGUAGGGGAGAACCUACGUCAUCCAUGGUCGCUCAUAUGUUUCGUGUUCAAAACGAGCACGAUCCGAUCUCCUUGAACUACACAUCGGGUACUACGGCCGAUCCAAAAGGUGUGGUGAUUAGCCACCGAGGAGCGUAUUUGAGCUCUUUGGGCGCGAUUAUGGGUUGGGAAAUGGGGACCUGCCCAGUCUACCUUUGGACUCUGCCCAUGUUUCAUUGCAAUGGAUGGACUCUCACGUGGUCAGUUGCAGCACGUGGGGGAACCAAUGUGUGUAUCAGGCACGUCACUGCGUCUGAGAUUUUUAAGAACAUACAAAUGCAUGGUGUGACGCAUAUGUGUUGUGUUCCCACGGUGUUCAACAUUCUUCUGCAAGGAAAGCCGCUUGACCUAUCGAAUAGGUCUGGACCUGUUGAGAUGCUAACCGGGGGUUCGUCGCCUCCAUCUGCCCUUGUUAAGAAAGUUCAGCGGCUGGGGUUUCAUGUGAUACAUGCCUAUGGGCUUACGGAGGCCACCGGACCGGCUCUGUUUUGCGAGUGGCAAGACGAGUGGAACAGAUUACCAGAGAAUCAGCAGUUGAAACUAAAGGCAAGGCAAGGGGUGGGAAUAUUAACUCUAGCUGAAACUGACGUGAAGAACACGCAAACACAGGAGAGUGUCCCACGAGAUGGGAAGACGAUGGGAGAGAUUUUCAUUAAAGGAAGCAGUGUAAUGAAAGGGUAUCUGAAGAAUCCCAAAGCUACACUUGAAGCGUUUAAAUACGGAUGGCUCAACACGGGAGACAUAGGCGUUAUUCAUCCUGAUGGCCACAUAGAGAUUAAAGAUCGGUCCAAAGACAUCAUCAUCUCCGGAGGGGAAAACAUCAGCAGUGUCGAAGUUGAGAAUGUUCUUUACAAACACCAUAAAGUGAAGGAGGCCGCGGUCGUGGCCAUGCCUCAUCCUGUGUGGGGAGAAACCCCGUGUGCCUUUGUUGUUCUCGAAAAGGGUGAGACUAAUCAAGGAGUUCGUGAAGAUAGUUUGGUGACAAGUGAAAGAGAUCUGAUUGAGUAUUGCCGUGAGAAUAUGCCUCGGUAUAUGUGUCCGAGGAAGGUCGUGUUCUUGGAAGAACUACCAAAGAACGGCAACGGGAAGUUCCUUAAGCCAGUUCUAAGAAACAUCGCUAACGGUUUGGUUGUUAGUGAUGAGAAUACUGUUAGUUCCAAGAUUGUUCAGCAGCGCAAAGAGAAACGUCGUGUUAAUAGCCUCACUUCUCGGCUUUAAGUAUAUGCAUCUACAUCUGUGGUUGACAACUCUAAAUCGUUUCUAGUUUUCCCUAUAUUCAUUAGUUAUAAUUUAUCUGUAACGACCCGGUUUACUAUAAACCAGUAUUGAAGUUAUUUUGAUUAUUUAAUUGGGCUAAACCAAACUUGUCGGAGAACCAAAGCGUUAUAUAAACCGUAUACACCUCCAUCUCCAUUAAACCUAGCCGCAUACCUUCACGCCUUAUGAUCUCCUUCCCAUCUCUCUCGCUCAUCACAUGUUUCACUUCUUCUCCAUGUCUAUCACAGAAGUCGAGACGAGACGCACCCAUUGUUCACCUCCAAAAUCUGAUGCACCGUGAUGCCACCACCGGCUCUUCCCGUCGUCUUGGAGCCAUCAUGCCAUGCCAUAGAGAGAGAGCCUCGCCAUCACUGGUCAAACGCCUCACGUGUUGUUGUCUCGCAUCGAACUCGAGAGAUGUAUAUAUGUCGUGAGGAGGAGGCGCACAAAGACGGAGCCACCGUCUCACCACCGCCGCACCGAUCGGAUCCAUACUGUUGUUAGCCGCAAGCCAUUGGAGGAGCCAGUCAUGCCACUGGAGAGUCGUGAUAUCCGGAGAUCGUACCAGCCACCGUCAUCAACCGUUAUCCAAACCGUAUUAGCUAAGUGUUGCCUCCUUUGUUACUUGCCACAAGUAACAUAUAUACCACAAACCUAUAAUGUGUCCUUGCAUGUGUGUAGUUUAAUCUUGUGCCAACCUAGACCUGGAGUUGCUCGUGCAUCACUUAGAAGGAUGGCGUAUGAAGAAAUUAUUGGAACACGUGCAUUCAACACCAUUAAUAAUAGGAAGACACCUUUUAGUGUGUUGUUAGUCGAGACAAAUCCACUCCCUCCGGGGCGUUUCGUGAUCCAUUUCCAAUAUUGGCUAAGGUGAAACUGACGAGCAUGAGUGAUUGCUAUCGGACUGGUGCUUUGGGAGUUUUAUUACUUUCUUUUUCAGACUUGCGGAUUUUAUGCUUUUAUCGAUAUUUUCGGGAUUUAUUAUGUUAGUUAGAUUUAUGGCUAUUUAUUGGAUUUACGACUUUGGAGUUGACUUUUGAGUAGUAAUAAAUGGAGAUUUCAGACUUUAUUUACUUAAGUUAUUUUGCAGAUCAAUUGGUGACAACUUGUCUUGUGGAGAGUUGUUAAAGGGUGAGGUCUUGGGUUCGAGUAAAGCCAAGCGCAUCAAUAACCUACCGGUGGAUGUGGAGGCAAUUCCUCCCACGGUGAAGGAUUAGGGUCGGUGCCUUGCAGGGCUGUGAGCCGGAUUUCAAGUGAGCGGGAUGGGUUGUCACAUUAUCAUUUCUUCAUUCAUGCACAAUGUGGGAACUAAAACACGUAAUCAAGAUUUUAAUGUGAUAAAGUAAGGUUUAAGAAAAUAUUGGGAAAUGAUCUA